AUGUAUUUAAAUUCAAACAAUAAUAUAAAAAAUAAUGAUUUUUUUAAUAAUACAAUAAUAUUUUUAAAAGAAAGUUUUAGUGAAGAUAAAGAGAUUUUAAUUGAAUUUGAAAAUCAAUAUAUAAAUUCUUGCAAAAUUAUUAUAAAUAGAAUCAUUACAUUUAUAAUCAUAGAACAAUUAUUAAAUAUAAUUGAAAUUAAUAAUAAUCAAUUCAAUACUUUAAAUAUUAAUGAAAAUUCAGAAAAUCAAAUUAAUUUUUUUUUAAAUAAUAAUAAUGAAAAUAUUUUAAAAAUAAAAAAACCCAACUAUAAUAUUAAUAAUAAUAACAAUUCAAAUAAAAAAUCAUUUUUUCAUUUUGUAAUAAAAAUAAAAUAUAUAAAUAAAAUUAAUAGAAUAGAAUUAGAUGAAUUUCCUUAUAAAAUUUCAAACAAAAAUGGUAAUAAAAAAUCAAUAACAUGUCCGAUUCAACUAUUAGAUUUUAUUUUUAAAUAUGGUACCCAAUUUAAUAAAGAAUAUUCUGAAAAUUUUAAAAAAGAAAUUCAAAGUUCAGUUACAAAUUUAGCAUUAUCAUUUUUACUUUCAAAUAAAAGAUUUAAAUCAUACCAAAUUGAAGCAAAUAAUAAUAACUUUAAAGAUACAUUUGAUUAUAUAUUUUACAAAAUCAAAGAGUUAAAUGGUAAAUAUUUUGAUACAAAUAUUUUUUUUGAGCAAUUAAUAAAUUUUGGUCACUUCUUUUUUCCUUUUACAAAAUCAAAAAUUGGUUUUAAUCCAAAUCAAGUUGUAAUGUAUAGUUCUGAAUUUUCAAAUAAUUUUGAAAUGAGAAUUAUUGCAAUUCAUAAAUCAAUAGUAGUAACUUCAACUAUUGAUAAUUUAAAUAAUAAUAAUAAUAAUAAUAAUAAUAAUAAUAAUUAUAACUAUAAUUAUAAUAAUAUUAAUUAUAAACUAUUUGAAAUUUUCAAAAAUUUAAAAGAAGAUUGUGAAAAUUAUUUUAAAGAAUUAAAUUUAAAUUUAAAUGAUUAUCAAAUUUCAAUAAUUCAUCCAUUUCAAUUUAAUUUUAUAAUGGAUGAAAUUUAUAAAGAAGAAAUUGAAAAGAAAUUAAUAUUAAAAUUACCAUUAUUCAAUAAUAGUAAAUUAAAAUUUACACCAAGUCUUUCAACAAGAACAUUAUUUCCAAUUUCAAAUGAUAAUAUAAAUAAUAAUAAUAAUCAUUUUAUACCUCAUAUUAAAACUUCUUUAACAGUUUUAAUAACAUCAAACUAUAGAAGAGUUUCAAGAGCAAGUACAAUUGAAGGAAUAGAAAAAUCAUUAUUUUUUGAAGAAUUAGAAAAAAAGGAAAAAAAGUAUUGUGAAAAUGUUAAAUUUUUAAAAGAAGUAUUUUCAAUUUCACUAAAUUUUCAAGAUUUAGAAAAAUCAAGAUGUAUAAAUUCCAUAUUUAGAGAGAAUCCAAAUAUAUAUUUAAAAGGUGAUCAACAAUUUUUAAUGGUUGCAGCUUCUUUAUUUACAAAAUCAAUUGUUUCACCAAAUCAAUCCAUAUGUUCUGAAAUUAUUAAAAGAUAUCAUAAUCAUAACAUUGUUAUUGGUGGUGGUGGUGGUGGUGGUGGUGGUGGUGGUGGUGGUGAUAAUUUAUCAUUAUCAUUUUCAAUAAUGAAAUGGUUCAAGAAAUAUAUAACAAUAAUUUCAAGAGUAACAUUAAUUUUAUUUUUAAAAUAUGGUGUAGUGUUUGAAUCUCAUUUACAAAACACUUUAUGGAUAAUAAAUAGUUAUAGUGGUGAACUUGAGAAAUUAAUUAUUAGAGAUUUUACUGAUGCAACAAUUUCAAUUGAAAGAUUUUCAAAAGCCAAUAAAAAACAUUUUCAAUCAAUUUAUACAUCUAUACCACUGUAUGAAAAUAGAAAAAAAUUGAUUCAUAUUUUGACUCUUACCAAUUUCUGUGAAUUGGUAAUAAAUUUAUCAAAGGAUUUUAAUAUUGAUGAAGAUAUUUUUUGGUUGGAAAUUAGAAACAUUUUAAAAGAAACAACAAACUCAAUUAUAUCUGAUGAAAAUGAUGAAAUUAUUAAAAAUGAAAUGGAAUUAGAUAAAGAAUUUAUAUUAAACUCAAAAAUUGCAUCUUGCACUGCUCUUCAUAAAAAUCGUUUAUUUGAAAAUUUAAAAUUAGGACUUUCAAAAAAACAUGAAUAUUAUUUUAAUAAUCCAAUAUUUUUCAAGGAACAAAAUGUAUAG